CCAUCUUCUUCGGUAACCUCCACCAAUCGUUUUGGAUUCCUCUUUGAUAGAGCUCCUCGCUCAAAAGCCAUGAAACACCUUACUCUCCCAUCAACCACCACAAAUUUUCUCUGAUUCAUUACUUUGUCAUGCCAUGUUUCUUAUCCCGAACCCAAUCUACUCUGGCCUAGUUGUUCAGUCCUGUUGAACUCGAAAUUAAAAAUGUCAGUUUUUGCCACCUUCAGUGGAUUGACACUCAAUUCACCAAGAAAUCAAAGCUUCAAAAGUCUGUUUUCUUCUCAUUUCAUCAAUCCAAUUCAGGUGAACUCAGUCCCUUAUGCUCUUUCAUUUCCUGUUCUGUACUUAUCAGAACCCUCUAAAUUCAAUAGCCAGAGACUCAAACCCAUAACAGCUUCAACCACAGCAGCUGUUGAAUCCCCCAAAAUUUCAUUCAGAAACAAAAACCCAAAAGAUAUCAACAUUUUGGUUGCGGGUUCAACUGGGUACAUUGGAAAAUUUGUAGUUAAAGAGCUAGUUAAUAGAGGGUUUAAUGUUAUAGCCAUUGCAAGAGAGAGGAGUGGCAUUAGAGGUAAAUAUAGCAAAGAGGAAACCUUGGAACAGUUAAAUGGGGCCAAUGUGUGUUUUUCAGAUGUGACCAAGUUGGAUUCUUUGGAAAAAAGCUUGGAGAAUUUAGGGAUUUCCAUUGAUGUUGUUGUCUCUUGCCUUGCUAGCCGCAGUGGUGGUGUGAAAGAUUCAUGGAAAAUUGAUUAUGAGGCCACAAAAAAUAGUCUUGUUGCUGGUAAGAAGUUUGGGGCUUCACAUUUUGUGUUGCUAUCCGCAAUUUGUGUGCAAAAGCCCCUUCUUGAAUUUCAGAGAGCAAAGUUGAAAUUUGAGGCUGAAUUGAUGAAAGAAGCUAAAGAGGAUGAGGGGUUUACUUAUAGUAUUGUGAGGCCAACAGCAUUCUUCAAGAGUUUGGGAGGACAGGUUGAAUUGGUGAAAGAUGGGAAGCCUUAUGUGAUGUUUGGGGAUGGAAAGUUGUGUGCCUGUAAGCCGAUUAGUGAGCCAGAUUUGGCUUCCUUUAUAGCAGAUUGUGUGUUGGGUGAGGAUAAGAUUAACCAGGUUUUGCCAAUUGGCGGGCCGGGUAAGGCUUUGACACCAUUAGAGCAAGGGGAGAUACUGUUUAGAAUUGUAGGAAAAGAACCCAAGUUUAUAAAAGUGCCAAUUGAGAUAAUGGAUUUUGCUAUUGGGGUUCUUGAUUUUCUUGUUAAGAUAUUUCCUGCAAUGGAAGAUGCAGCUGAGUUUGGGAAGAUUGGAAGGUAUUAUGCAGCUGAGAGUAUGUUGGUUUUGGAUGCUGAGACUGGAGAGUACAGUUCUGAGAAAACCCCGAGUUAUGGAAAUGAUAGGUUGGAAGAGUUCUUUGAGAGGGUGCUCAGAGAAGGAAUGGCUGGUCAGGAACUGGGGGAGCAAACAAUUUUCUAACUGUUAAAAAAAGGGUUCCCGCCACUUCAAUGUCUGGGGAGGAUCAAAUGUAUGUAGCCUUAGCUCCACAUGUGGAGAGGCUCUUCUGAAAAAAGAACAUUUGUAAAUUCAAAUGCAUUAUUGAACUAACCAAUUUUGUUGCACAGUCCAAGGUUAACUGGUUAAAGAUAUAAGCGCAUGCCCUGCACUGAAGACCUAGAGUACCAAUGAAACAUGCAGAAUUUUGAUGAUUUAUGGCGCUGCAGCGCUGCUACUUAUUUGAAGAAGAAGAUCAAAUUAACUAUAUCGGGGGCAGGCUAGGCUUUAUCCUUAAUCGUCAAUAUAGUUGGCUGAGGUAGCAUGUAUUCGAUUAUUGUUGUGACAAAUUGCCAUCUCUAAGCAUAGUGUAGAUAAUAAAUCCAUUUUAUGUAAGAGCUGCUGCUUUUGAUUUUAAUACUAAAGGCUGUUACUUGGUUAUAAGCAAUCUUUCACUUUUAC